AUGACGCUGGCUCAAAUUCUCUUUGCUCUUCUAUUGAUUUGUUAUGCGUACGCAUCAAAAGUAUUCUAUCAAGCAAAAGUCGGCGAUCGAGUUGUUCUUGAUCUCGGACGAGACGUCGUCACUUGGAAACGUGUGCGUAAUAACGGCGAAGAAGAACACAUUAAGUACUGUAAAGCUGGCGAAACCGACCCGUGUUGCAAGGACUUCGUUACAAAGGACGGUAAGCCGGCCACUCCACCGACUAAGGCACACGUUGAUGAAGAAGGCAAGUUAAUCUUUGAUCCAUUUGUGGCAACUGACGUCGGCCUGUACUCGUCGCCUGAUCAAAAGCCUAAGGAAGUGAGCCACGAUGGUGUGGUUUCAGCGGUCCUCAACACCCACAUCUCCUUAGUAGUCGAGGAAUAA